CCUGGUUCGGAUUUGCCUUCCUUUCCAAACCAGAGAGCGGUUUACAGAAAACCGCCUUUCUCUUCUUCCGUCUUCUUCCCUUUCCAUUUCUCCCUUUUCCUACCUCGCCUCGCCGCCCGCACCGAGCAAACUCAAACCCUCGCCGCAAGAAAGAAAAACAAAUCGAGAGAAAAAACCCUCGCUGCUCGCCGCCCCAAGCGAAGCCAGCCAUGGUGGUGUACACGCAGGAGCACGUGUACCGGCACCCGUGGGACCGCGUCACGGCGGCGGCGUGGCGGAAGUUCACCGACCCGGCGUCGCGCACGGCGCUCUCCCACGUCGCCGACGUCCACACCCUCCACCGCCGCGUCGACCCGGAGGCGGGGCGGCUGCAGGCUGCGCGCUCCAUCACGGUGCGCUCCCCGCCGCUCCCCUUCAUCCUCCGCCGCCUCCUCCCCGCCGCGGCGUCGUCCCCGUCCGGCGCGGCGCUCUGCCACUGCGUCGAGACCUCGCUCGUCGACGCGCCGCGCCGCGCCAUGGACGUCGUCGUCCGCAACGUCUCCCUCCGCGGCCUCAUCGAGGUCGAGGAGCGGUCCACCUACCGGCCGCACCCGGAGCGGCCCGAGGAGUGGACGCAGUUCAGGCAGGAGACCACGAUCCGGUGCCGACCGCUCUCGGCCCUCGCCGCCGUCGCGGAGAAGGUCGAGACCCGCUGCGCCGAGAGAUUCCUGCAGAACAGCGCCAAGGGGAGGGAGGUCGUCGAGCGGAUCUGCCGGUAUCUCGAGGCCGAGGCCGCCGGUGCUGCAUCCUCCGCCAUCUGAGUUGGCCUGGUUUGCGCCUCCUCACUUGGCCUUCCUUGAUCUGAUCGGAUCGAAGGAUUCGCUCGAUCUGUGCUGCGUGCGCGCGGCGGGACCUCGCCUCUUGGCCAGGUCCCUUGCAGUUUUCCAUUUUUUUUUAUGAAAUGAUGAGCUGAAUCCUGAAUGGAAUAAAGCUUCUGGACAUAUACUUAAUUUCUUCUUGACCGUGGAACCAUGUUAACCCCAAUUUGUGCCUGUUCUUGUUAAGCAUAUUCAGAUAUGCUAUGACAUUUCUAGUUGUUAUUGUGCUGAUUUGACGAAUUCGUUAACUC